AUGUCCGAAAAGGCCCUCGAGAUAUAUGAUAAAGAUGACUCUGGGGGUAGCCAUCGACCAUACCAUGGAAGCACUGUGGAAGCCCGGAAUCGUGUUGAUUAUCGAUCGUAUCAAACCAUUUCCGCAUUCCUUGGAGGCAAUGGCCUUAAAUCAUUUUGGCGGCGGUAUCAAGUGAAUGUGACAAAGCGUCUAAAAAACUACCAAAUCGGCUCACAGUGGAAGAACUUGCCAGACUUUCUGCCCUUUUUUGAAACAACAAUCUCGGCCGCAUUGAUGGAUGCUCUCUGUGGAGAAUAUCUCCUCAAGCGAAGUCCGAAUUUCUUGGUGGAUCUCUGGCAGCUUGAUCGUGAGCUGGACGUUCUUUUCAAAGGAACACCCAAAUUUCUCGCACCGAAGGUAUAUGCAACUCGGGAGCGGCUUCUCGAUGCGAUCAAAGAUUGGCAAUCCUUUGCCAGAGAGUAUUUUCUGCCGUCGUUCAUUGAUUCCAGUGGGGAUGACCCUUUCUGGGGCAGUAAGUUCUUCAGGGACCGACAAGAUGUCUUUAUGGAGAUGGAUGGUAUGGAUUAUGAUGCGAUUGCAUCAGAAGACUUUGGGGCAAUCUGGGCAUCAACCCGCAACUCGAUUGUGGCGGCCUUUUGGACAGUGAUAGAGAUCUUCCAAGAUCCCUCUCUCCUCGACAGGGUCAGAGAAGAAGUCAAAAUGUGUGAAAACGGUGAUGCCGAAACAAUCUUCGACAUCGACAAGUUACUCCAGUCACCACUUCUACAGUCUAUCUAUGCCGAAGUCUUACGACUGCGCGUUCAUAUCUUCAUAGUACGAGCACCAAAGAAGUACAGCCUGAACAUACGGGAUUGGUGCAUCCCAACGGGGAAAACACUCCUCAUGAGCUCUACGCCGGCGCACAUGGAUACGGACGCCUGGAACACGGGAGUGAACAACGAACACCCUCUUGAUAGCUUUUGGGCUGAGAGAUUCAUCAAAGUGCCCAGUGAUGGGCAAAGUGGACCCAGGAAGUACCCAGGGCAAAUGGCUUCUUCUUCGGCCGAGUCGAAAUGUCCCCACGACACCUCCCAAGGAAGAUUCGCUAUAGAUGAUGUUGAAGGAUCAUGGAUUCCUUACGGUGGAGGCCCUCGUAUGUGCCCUGGCCGGCACUUCGCGAAACGCGAAAUCAUUUUGACAACGGCAAUGAUGGUGAGCAUGUUCGACUGUGAUGUGUUGAGGGACGUUCGGUCAUUGAAAAUGGAUAUGAGAGGAUUUGGAUUUGGUACUUUGAAUGCGGUUGGCAAAGUUCCGGUAGGAAUGAGGCGUAGGAACAGACACGAUAUCUGA